UGUCAUAUCGAAAUUGAUGUACGUCCCUUAAUUCGACGUGCUUUUGAUUGCAGGCGCUGAGUAAAAUCAGGAAAAUCCUCGAAAUGGCUUCGAAAAGCUUCAUAACUCCUUUUAUUCGUCAUGUUACGACUAGGGGUUACGCCCAGGCCGCGCCUGCCACCAAGAGGGACCCCAAGCUCACAUCGUGUGUUAUGCCCCACAAAACAUUUGUGGCUGCGUUCGACAAUGGUUCCCCUGUAACCAGGGUCACCGUAGCUUUCAAGGCUGGUUCACGCUAUGAACCUCAAAGCGAGCUUGGUAUUGCCCAUGUAAUCCGUUCAUCUGCUGGGCUCAGCACGAAACAUGCAAACAACUUCAUAAUGUCACGCAAACUGGCCCAAAUUGGUGCUUCAGUGACUGCCUCUGGUGAUCGUGAAUUUAUCUACUACACUCUUGAGACCACCCAGGACAAUAUGUCUGCUGCUCUGGAUGUUUUGAGCAACAUGAUUACCUGCCAAGAGUACAGGCCUUGGGAGCUGUCUGACAAUGAGCCUCGUCUCAAGUUUGAAAUUGCUGCUCUGCCACCCCAGGUCCGCGCUGUAGACUUGCUGCACAGGGCAGCUUAUCGCCGCAAUUUGGGCAACUCAUUGUUCAUUUCCCCCAAGAGGAUCGGCAAGAUUUCUUCGGAGUCUCUCCAGCACUACACCGGCACCAACAUGUCGCCAAGCCGUUGCGCCAUUGUUGUUGUAGGAGGCACCCAGGAAAAAGCCAACAUGAUCGCCCAGAACCUUACCAUACCAGCAUUGGACCCUACUCCAUCUGAAGCCUCCAAAUACAUUGGUGGUGAAUUGAGGAAAGAAAUGGGUGGAGAUUUGGCUCAUGUCGCCAUUGCAACUCAGGGUGCUGUUGCUGGCUCUGCACAGGGACUGGCCUUGGCCAUAGCUGCUAAAGCUCUUGGCAAUGGCCCAGUUACCAAGUGGGGAGCAGACAACUCACCUUUGGCUAAGGCUAUCGGCAACAUUGGGCCAUUCGCUGCUGCCGGCUUCAACGUCACUUACUCCGACAAUGGACUCUUUGGUGUUGUACUUUCCGUACCAAAGGAUGAAGCCAACGCCGCGGUCAAGGCUGUUGCUGGUUUGUUGAAGAACCCAAAACUGUCAAAUGAAGCCAUCCAGGCUGGUAAGAGCCAACUGAAGCUGCAGGUUCUGAGCGAAGCCGACGAGGGAUCAUCUCUCGCUGAAUCCAUUGCGGCCCAAGGCUUCUACACCGGCCAGGCUAAGUCGCCCGCUGACAUUGCUAAGGAAAUCGAUGCAGUCAGCACCAAUGACAUUGCCUCGGCUCUUUCCGGUGCUGCCAGGAACAAACUGUCCAUGGGAGCUGCAGGAAAUCUAGCAUUUUUACCAUACCUAGAUGAAUUAUAAAUAUCAUGGUAGACAUUAAAAUCAUUUUAUUUAAUAGGGCGAAAUAAUGUGAGAAAUUACCAGUAUAGUGACUAAUGAUGAUUAUAAUUUAUUGUUCAACCAAAAUAAACUAAACAUAACAUGUUUCUA